AUGGGGCGAGGGCAAGCAGGUGGUGCGCAGUCAAGCUCUGCUCGCGAUAUGAAGAUGUUUCUGCGCAACCGCAUGCGGCAUGAUCACUAUUAUAUACUUUCAUCUGCUUCUGUGCUUGUAGUAGUGCUCUUUGUCUCUGCGUUCUUGCAGUUUUAUACGUCUGAAGACCACGUUUAUCGACUUGAUGUAGCGGACGCUGCACUAAUGGACCGCGUCUUCCGUUCUGGUGAGCCCUGGGUCGUGCUAUGCUCGAGUCCAGAUGAUGUUUUGCCUGAGGUCUUUGACAAGGUAUCGCCUCGACUGGCAGGAAAGAUCUUUGUGGGUGUUUUGGAUUGUAAACAGAAGCUUCUAGCGUCGGGAAAGUCGGUGCUAAAGCGUUACGGCAUCAAGACGAGCAUCACGCCGACGGUCUUUACGGUAGCAAACGGAGAAAAGCCCAAGCAAGUUUUCCUAAAGUAUUUGCAAACCUCUGCAGCGUUGGCGAAGUAUGUCAAGGCGCAAACUAAAAAGACCAUGCAGCAAGUACAGAACUCGGCACAAUUAGAGACUCGUUGUCUGUCGAGACUUACUUGCGUGCUGUUUCUACGAGGUCAAAGGUUCCAACCCUAUGAAAAGCAGUGGAUCGAUAAGCUCAUGCGCAAACACCGCACACUGAGUUUUGCCUGGAUCGAUUCGGCGAGCUUGAAGCUGUCGAUUGAGAGCAUGUUGCCAGAUGUUGAGCGUGGUGAGCAUCGCUUGAUACUGUUCCAGAGACAGCACGACUCGACUACACACAAGACGGUGCUAGCGGCAAAGGCGUACCGUGGUGGUGUCUUGGAUGCAACGUCCGUAGGAAUGUUUUUGGCCAAUCACGUACAGGGAGAUGAUUCGCUUAAACCACUUACAAAGUCUCCCAAAGUCCUGCAUCGCAGAAAAAAAGUUCAGACUUUACCUUCGGAGCAGGGAGAUAGCGAGCACGGACAUACGAAGCGUAGGCACCAUCACCGCCACAAAGAACACGGUGCAGAAGAGGAGAAGGGCGAUGAGUAUUACUUCCCUCAACAAGUCGAGCCAGAAGCGGACGGAGAGACGACGACCUCAGUCGAACUCGACGAUGCAGAAAGUGAAGUAGAGGUGCUGAACCUUGAUGACGAGUAA